AUGGAAAAAGAGUUUUCGCCUAUAACAGUGAGCGGGAUAGAGUAUGAAUCAACGCCGAUUAAGAGGAAUGAGAGUGAUGACGUACUAGGUGAAGACUUUAUAACUGCCAGACACGAAAACACUACAAUUGCAAUUAACGAUGAUGAAGGAGAGAAUUUGGAGCAUACAAGUGAGAAACAACUUGACUCUGCAGUGGCAUUGAAAGGGACACGUCUUUUAGAUCCAAUAGAUACGGGUGACAUAGCGUUAUCUUCAGAACGGAAAAGAAACACACACGUGGCAGACCUUCUCGAUAACAAAACCACUGACGUGCAUAAAAAUGGCAAUGCUUCUUCGCUUGCAAAUUUGACACUGAAUACUCAUGUUCCUUACGUUUUGAGCUUAUAUUUUCAACUACUUGUCAAUAUAAUUUUGUGGUCUUUCAUGAUUUACCUCAUUUAUAUUUGCAUCUCAACUAUACAGUCUGACAUCGAGCUUAAAAUUGAUGAGUUUACUAUAAAAGUGCUAGAUGAGAUUGCAAAUUGCUCAAAAGAAUACUCUAGAAACAAGUGCCAUCUUCCUGAGCGACCUUCGAUAAUGGAUGAGGAGUGUGAUCAAUUAGAGAAAUGUCAAAACCAAGACCCAACAAAGAUCGCGAGGCUGGAAGUGACAAUCGAACUAAUUGCAGAAAUAAUAAAUGCAUUUGUCAACCGAUUAAGUUACAAGAGUCUACUAGUCAUGAUUUCUGUAUUGGUUAUAUUCAUUAUCCAUACUACAUUAACGUUGGAUAAAUUUUCGCGAUCAUAA